GUGGUGGGCGGCAUCGUCAAUCCGGACGAGUUCUACGUUUUCAAGCCGACGUUGGAGCAGGGCAAGGAGGCCGUCGUCUCCAAGACCAUGGGCUCCAAGCUCGUCAAGAUGGUGUACUCGAAGGGGGGCGGCAGCGAGAUCAUCGACACCACGGAGGAGGAGCGCAACACCUGGGCCUCCACGCCGGAGGAGGUCACGGAGCUCGCGAAGAUCGCAAUGAAGAUCGAGAAGCACUACGGCCGCCCCAUGGACAUCGAGUGGUGCAAGGACGCUGACGACGGGAAGCUGUACAUCGUGCAGGCACGCCCCGAGACGGUGGCGUCGCGCCAGUCCAAGAACGUGCUGGAGACCUACUCCAUGGACGAGAAGGGCAAGGUCAUCGCCGAGGGUCGCGCCGUUGGCGGGCGCAUCGGCAGCGGCAAGGUGAACAUGCUGAAGAGCCUCGACGACAUGUCAAGCUUCAAGGCUGGCGACGUGCUCGUGGCGGACAUGACCGACCCCGACUGGGAGCCGGUCAUGAGCAAGGCUUCGGCCAUCAUCACCAAUCGCGGAGGCCGCACCUGCCACGCCGCGAUCAUCGCCCGCGAGCUGGGCAUCCCGGCCAUCGUCGGCUCCGGGAACGCUACUGAGUUGGUCAGCAACGGCCAGUCCGUCACCGUGUCGUGCGCAGAAGGCGAUACCGGCUUCAUCUACGACGGCGAGCUGAAGUUCACCAAGGACGUCAAGGAUCUCGGCAAGCUCCCGGAGAUCGGCUUCAAGAUCAUGAUGAACGUCGGCAACCCCUCCGCGGCCUUCGAGUUCGGGCAGAUCCCGAACGAGGGCAUCGGCCUGGCCCGCCUGGAGUUCGUCAUCAACAACGCCGGCUGGCCCACGGCCGCAGGCUCUGCUCAACUACGACAGCAUCGAUGCCGAGACCAAGGCUCUCAUUGA